CUUUUUAGCCAUAGACAUCUCCUACUCUUGCAUGUCCACUCACAUCUCUCAGCCCAAUCAACUUGCACACUGCUUUGCCCCAGCUCCUGGAGCAGCCUCAAUCUUGUGAAGACUAAAGAUAUUAUAAAGGUUAGUAAUAUGCCUGAUAUCAAUGGAGAGGAGGAAGAGUUCAAGGAUGAUUGGAACUGCAUUUCAGAUGUCACUGACCAGUAG